AUGGAGAGAUCCAGUGGAUUAAGUAAUGAUCAACAGCCUUAUUAUUAUAACGCCGGCGGCGACGAAGAGAAUCGAAGAAGCGGAGGAGCGGAGGAAUUGAACGCCGCGGCGGCACCGGCAGAGGAUUCAGUGGAAUCGGUAAAUGAAUUAGUUUCAACAUGGAAGCAACAUCUUACUGUGAGAGCUUUCGUUGUCGCUUUUCUUCUCGGUGUACUUUUCACCUUCAUUGUAAUGAAGCUGAGUUUGACGACUGGCAUUAUUCCGACGAUGACCGUGCCGGCGGGAUUGCUAGGGUUCUUCUUUGUUAAGACUUGGACAAAGCUUUUACAGAAAGCUGGACUACUCCAACAGCCCUUUACUCGCCAGGAGAAUACUGUUAUCCAGACCUGUGUUGUCGCUACCUCCGGAAUCGCCUUUAGCGGUAUUUACAUCUUUAUUUAA